GAAGCUCUUGGUGUGGCCGGGACCCGGGAGAAGGAGCAGGGCUGGUGGGGCUGCUGCAGCCCGUGAGUGUGGGCUGGCGCUGGGGGCUGGAAACUCCUAGGCCAGUCUCUGGGCGGUGCCGCAGGACCCUGCUCGCUGCGGCUCUGAGGCGGGAACAGGGGCUGGGGCCGAGCGCGGGCUGGGAGCUUUGGUCCCUGGAGUGUCGCUUCCAGUCUGGGGCCGAGGCGGUCGCCUGUGUAGACCCGGGAUCCUCAAAUAGGACGAAUCCGGGACCCUGCAUAAAUGAAGGGCAUGUAGUGUAGAGGUUUUUCCUUUUGAUUUAGAAAGGAAUGAAAGACCGGCAGUGCACCUGCUUGGAUAGUAAGCACGUGACCCAAAACUUUGUUGGGGCUCCAUGGGCAGGAAUAAAGCUGGGUAUUUGACCUCGCGCGAGGACGAGCGAGAAUGUCAAAAUGAGGGACUUGGGGGAAGACUGAAAAGAGAAGGGGAGCAUCUUCUUCAGCAUUUUCUCUCUUUCCUGGAUGCAACCCUUCCUGUACGUGGUCAUUGGCCUGGAGAAGUUUACCCGAGUACUCCUCCACCGGCAGGGUUACUGGUGUCGCUGUGCACCCAGCCCCCACAAGCUGAGUGAUUCAUCGCAGCCUUUGGAUCCGGAAGGAUGAGCAAACUCCUUAAGUGUAAUCGUGGUAGGAUACUGACUUUAGUGCUCGAACUGGACUUAGGCCUUGGUGGUCUAUCUCAUAGGGGUUUGAGAAGCCUUGCCACCUCCCAGCGUUUAUUAUUAUUUUUUUCUUUUGCCCCGACCUUUAGCCUCUGGGCCAUUUGUAAUACAUAUUUAAUUUUUAGACACAGGAAAUAAUCAUGGUGCUCAACAGUUUGGAUAAGUUUGGAUAAGAUGAUUCAACUUCAGAAAAACACUGCUAACAUCAGGAAUAUUUGUGUUUUGGCUCAUGUUGACCAUGGAAAAACUACUCUGGCUGACUGUCUUAUAUCUAGCAAUGGAAUCAUCUCCAGCCACCUAGCAGGCAAGUUAAGGUACAUGGACAGCAGAGAAGAUGAACAGAUCCGAGGGAUCACUAUGAAAUCCAGUGCCAUUUCCCUACAUUAUGCAGCAGGUAAUGAGGAGUACCUGAUUAAUCUGAUAGACUCUCCAGGACACGUGGACUUUUCCUCAGAAGUAUCAACCGCUGUUCGCAUUUGUGAUGGAUGCAUCAUCGUGGUAGAUGCUGUGGAAGGAGUCUGUCCACAGAUUAAUGCGCUUACGGGAACUCUUUUUACUUCUAAAGUCCUAGAAGAAAGAGCAGAGAGGGAGACUGAAUCCCAAGCGAAUCCAAAUUCUGAACAAGGAGAGCAAGUAUAUGACUGGAGCACUGGCUUGGAGGACACAGAUGAUUCUCACCUUUACUUCUCUCCAGAACAGGGAAAUGUGGUGUUUACCAGUGCAAUAGAUGGGUGGGGCUUUGGGCCAAAGGAAAGAAACUUUUGUUUGUACAGUUGAUCCUGGAAAAUCUAUGGAGUUUGUAUGAUGCUGUCUUGAAAAAGGACAAAGACAAAAUUGAUAAAAUAGUGACUUCUUUAGGAUUAAAAAUUGGAGCCCGGGAGGCACGACAUUCAGACCCUAAAG